CAGUUCUUUGUUGACAAACAUUUUGGUACCCAAGCGUCGUUAUGUUCUUUUAAAAUUCCCAAAAAAACGCGAAAAAAUGGACCAAAUUCUGUGUAGCUUGUGUUUAAUUAAGAAGCAAACGCUCAUUCACAUGCUUAUGCUGCCGGAUAAGAUAAAAGUUGAUCCGGAUUACACCGAGAACAUUUACAACCAGACACGCGAAAAGGUCCAUAAUCUCGAAGCUGAUUCUUUGUGCGAACGGUGUUUGCGAGAUUUGAAAAUUGUCGAGACUUUUCGUCAGAGUUGUUUGCAUUCCGAGCAGUUAAUCACCCAAAUCAGCACAAAUAUUUCGGACAAUCAUCGAAUCUUGCUGGAUGAUGUUUUUAUUGAUGUCUCGUUGUACGAAGGUUUGGACGAGUUUUACGUUUCGCCCAUGAAUGUUGUGGAAAAGUCAUCGAUGGCGCCGCCCUCGAAGGUGGAAAUGCGCGAGGAAUACAACGAAGACAUCGUUUACGACCCGAUAGUCGAUCAAAAUGAAAUGAUGGACACGACGCUGUCGGAAACGGAAUACCGUUCGCCCGUGAAACGCGAGCCAAAGGUCGUUUUCAAGUGCGACAAAUGCAAAAAGCAAUACGCCACAAUUAGUUCGCUCGAUAUGCAUCGCUACAAAUUCCACAAGGGACCUCCGCCGGGCGAUCUCACAAAGCGUCGCUUGAAAGUCGACGUUGCCAGUCCCAAAGACAUCUAUUACGGCGUCGAUUUGAGCACCACGUGCGAAUAUUGCUUCACCGAGUGUGCCUCAAAUGACGAUCUCAAGCUUCAUGUUGCCCGGAGUCAUCCGAAAUUUCCGCGAAAUUACACCUGCAAAGCGUGUUCCAAAGAGCUAAAGACGAAAGAAACGUUGCGUGCGCACUUUUUGAUGAUUCACACGGAUGAACGACGAGAAUUUCAGUGCUCGCAUUGCGACAAAGCCUUUUUCCACAAGCGAUCGUUGACGAAUCACGAGGAAGUGCAACAUCUUGGGACAGCAAACAAGUUUAUUUGCGACAUUUGCGGCCUGAAAUCCAACAGUCGUGGCGAUUUGCACAAACACAAACUGCGACAUGAGAAAAUCAAGCAGCACGAAUGCCCCUAUGAGGAAUGUGGGAAACGAUUUACGACAAAAUAUCAACUAACGCUACACAAAAAAUUCCACGAAAACAUCCGAAAUCACAAAUGCACGUAUUGUGAGAAGAGUUUCGUCGCCAAAUGUCACCUGGAUGACCAUCUCCAGUGUCAUCUGAAGGAGAAAAAGUAUUCCUGUGAUCUCUGUAAUAACGCCUUUAGUCGAAAACGGUCCUUGGAUAAACAUCUGAAGGUCCAUUACGGCAUCCGGGACUUUUUGUGCAACAUGUGCCCUUAUAAAUGUCGAUCGACGGACCAACUGAAGCAACAUAAGAAGGUGCACGAAGGUUUUCGACCGUUUUCGUGUCUUAUGUGCACAAUGGCUUUCAAAGAUAUCGGUCCGCUGAAGCGACAUUUGACGAUCGCUCAUGGAAUUAAUGCCAAAAAAGAUGACGAUGACUUGGAUUAUCAAAAAACUAUGUAGAAAUUUGUGUUGUUUAAUGUAUUUUUAAGAUUUUUAUGUAAUUUUUAGU